CAGCAAUUGGUCCACAGGAGCUAUAAAUUGGUCUCCUCCAGAAACAGAUCAAAAUUUGUCUUUGCGGAGGUCGGCUGGAAACUAAAGAGGCCAUGGAGAGAAACGGUGCUGCCUUUCCCCAAACACUAGACCCCACGCACCACUUCCACAUAGCGCUGCUGGAUCAGAGACGGAGGCUGCGUGGCCAAAUUGCUCACCUUCACAAGGCGGCUCGUAAACUCAACAAGCUCCGCAAAAGGUCCCUGAUUGCCAACGUCAGUGGGAGCACCCUGACUGCUGCGGGAGCAGUCACAGCCAUCGUGGGGCUGUCCCUGAGCCCGGCGACACUGGGAGCCUCUCUCCUGGCGUCGGCUGUGGGUCUGGGCCUGGCCACUGCCGGGGGGGCCGUCAGCAUCACCUCCGAUCUCUCCUUAGUGCUCUGCAAUUCCCGGGAGGUGAGGAAGGUGCAGGAAAUCGCAAUGACUUGUCGGAAACAGAUGAGGGAAAUCCUUGGCUGCCUGGAGUUCCUCCGCCGGGGGCAGGGCCCCGGGGACCCCACACUGCGCCAGUCGGAGAAGAGGGCCUCCAUCUCGCUGUACAACUCCAUCUGCUUCAUGGUCUUCUGCGGCUCCCACAGUUUCCUUGUGCCAGAGUACACAAAGGAGGUCACAAAGGUGAGCCAGGCCGUGCUGAAAGCCAAAAUCCAGAAGUUGGCUGCCAACCUUGAGACCUGCACCAGGGCGAUGGAUGAAGUCUGUGAACUUCUUGAGUCCAGGACAGAGCUUUCCCCACGCAUAAGGAGACUCAGCUUGGGUGCUAAAACCACUGCUGAGAGCCUAAGACCAUCCAGCUGAAACAGUGUUUGCUCCAUAAUUAAAACCAGGCUUGGAGACAUUACAUUAUUAAUUGCCACCAUUAGCACUGCUACCUGUUGCUAUUUUAAUAUUGGUCAUGCUCAUCCACACAGGCGUGCACAUCUCUCCUGUGCCUUAUUUAUAUCUGAACACAAACUCCUUCAUAAUAGGAAGCUAAAGCUUACACACACACACCCCCUGCCACCUCACAGCAGCCACGUGAUUCAGGCUGGAGGUUAUGAUGGACACGUGGACUAUCGGGUACACAGCAGCAGAUCCCAGAGCCUGCAGGCAGGGGUAGGUGGCCGUUCCUCAGACCCACGUUUCCCCAGCCAUCUCCCUGGCUCUGCUUCCCCAAGGCAGCAAAAAGAAGCAGGUCAGGAGGCUGAUGAAAUUCCUGCAGUCGUGGUGCUGACUGACCCUGGAUUGCAAAUAACUUAUGAAUCAAUGAGUGGUAAAAGGGCUGGUGUACCCUCAAAAAGCCAGCAGCUGCCAAUUUCCGGUAGAGUACAGUCCUGUUACCAAGGUACAUCUGGAAAGGCUGUUGAAGGAAGCAGUUCCAGAUAUGACAGACUGUAUGGAUGGCUCAUCAUCCCAGGGUGAAAUAGGGGGGCCAGAAAUUGUUAUCCCUUUUGAAGAAACCUCUCUAGGCUGAGAACUGUGAUGUUUGUGUUCUAUUUAUUGACAUAGGAUUAUUUCAAGGUUUUGAUAUUGUAUUUAAGGUUUGUUGGGUUUUUUUUUAAAGGAGGCCUCUGCUCCAAAGGAAAGCAGCUGUUCUUAGAGGCAAAGCAAGUCUGUGGCAUGUAAGAGCAAGUCACCUGUUCUUUGGCUGUGAGGGAGGGCAAGUCCCUGAAGGAAAAGGAAAGCAUGGCUUGAAUGCUGGUAGUUAUAAAAUAGGUGAAACACGGUCAACCAGUGACAGAUCUUAGGAACCAAAACAGGGAGAAGGACAGGUCAGUGACCCUGGGACCAGAGCCUGCCUCAGGGGACUGGUGGAAGAAAGCAGUUGUAACUCUUGCAGCGCGGAGGGAAGCGUAGGUUGGUGUUACUGGUUUGAGCUGGAGCCCAGCUGUGAUGGGAGCACAUCUGAGAGGUGGAGGUGCCGCUCUUUGUGCAGCCAAGCAGCCUGUGAGACCCACAGUGGUUUGUCUGUGAGGGUGGAGGCAGCACUCAUGGAGAGCUACACGUACUCCUAGUAAUGCUUCCUGGGGUAAGCUUAAUGUUAGCAAUAUAUAUACUGGUACUAAUAUUCAAGAGGGGUGCAGAGGAGUAGGAUGAUUCAAUGGCAGAGCACUUACAAAGCAGGAGGAAGGACUGGGACACUGUUUCAAGUGACUGUUCUGCUAAAUAUGUCCUUUGUGAUUUUUGAUCCCUCAGUGCCUCAGUUCUCUGUCUAAAAAUGAGGAUAGUAGCACUUCCCUACCUCACAAGGAUGUUUCUGAGGCAAAUAUUGCAAAGUGCUCAAGUACUGUGAUGAUGGGGAUCAUGUCAGUACCUUGAAGAGGUACAAGGAAGAGACCCCGGAAACUAGCUUGAGACAACUAGAGGAGUUAAUGCAGGGAUAAUUUCACCUCCACAAGUAGGCCCCAGUGGAUAAGGGAAACUUCCCUGCAGAUGCAUGAAUCAAAAUGAUCAGAAAACCCACUCUAAUUCUGUAAUACUGAGCAAACUCUUAGGAAGGGCAACACUACAUCUCACAAACCUUGAAUCCUUGUCCUUUUUGUGUCUUCCUCUCAUGACAUCAACAUUUGUUUCUUAUAAAGAAGAACAAAAGCUUUGGUCCCUCAGAGUGUGACUCAGAUGCCUGUAAUGCCCAUGCUUGUUUGCCAGAAAUGAACAAGUACACUGCUGGUUCAAUUAAAUGAAUAUGAAGC